AUGCGUGCAUGGACACUGAAAUGGGAGAGACUGUCAGGUGUCACAACAGACGGUUGUCCAAAUCUUACAGGGAAAAAUGUCGGACUUUUGAAACGCAUGCAAGAUAAAGUGACAGAAAUCAAUGCAGAUCAAAAAUUGGUGUUUUUGCAUUGUAUAAUACACCAACAUGUGUUGUGCAAGUCAGUGCUAAAAAUCAACCAUGUUACUGAUGUUGUUACUAAAAUAGUAAACUUCAUCAGGGCGCGGGCAAUGAAUCACAGACAGUUUGUCGCUCUUUUGGAGGAGCAUGAGACUGAGCAUAGUGACGUCGGCUACCACACAGCUGUUAGAUGGCUCAGCCUGGGCAAAGUGCUAAAGAGGGUUUGGGACUUGAAAGCAGAGAUUCGAGAGUUUUGCGAGAGGAAAGGCAAAGACAUUCCAGAGCUCUCAGAUGAGGAUUGGAUGGCAGAUUUUGCAUUUGCUGUUGAUGUGACUGCACUGAUGAAUGAACUGAACACCAAACUGCAAGGCAAGGGCCUUUUUGUUCAUGAAAUGCACAGCCACGUGAAGGCCUUCAUGAGAAAGCUGCAGUUUCUUUCAAGUCAACUGGAGAGCAACACUCAUACUCACAUGCAAACCCUGAACGAAGUCGCACCAUCAGCUGAUAACCUCCGCAGGUACUCAUCCAUGUUAGGGGCAUUACAUGGUGAGUUUUCAAGGCGUUUUGAAGAUCUGAACAAUCGAGGAUGA